AUGCCUUUUGUUGCUGCACAUCCAUUCGAUCCAAACAAUCCUAAACCGCCAAACCUUGAUGGGAAAAAUAUUUUAAAAUAUUGCAAAUUUAUUUGUUUGUAUAAAGCUGAAAUUUUGGAGAAAGCUUGUACAAAUUAUAUUCGUGUAAUUAAAAAUUGGUUUUUGAAAAGUAAAGAAUGGGAAGACGUUAAAAAUAAAUAUCCAGAAUUGGCUAUGAAGUUUUUGGAAAUUGGAUAUUUGGAAAUUGGGAAUAAUACUAAUAAAUAUUUAAAUUAUCCAAUGUAUUGA